AAAAUUUUGGUCAGACGACACCAUUCCUGCACCAAAGGGGUGAGAAAGACACACAACAUCAUUUCUCCUUCGAUUUGGAGUUUUGGAGUUUAAUAGCUACCCCCAAAACCCAGAAAAAGCAGCAAAAAGAGAGAAGCAAUGAGGGCGAUCAUAUCACGCUUGCUUCAUACAGAAUCAUCUCUCCCAAGGCUCUAUACAGUGGCUUUUUCCAGAAAUGGGAGGCUAUUAUCAACAGACUCCAACAAGGUAGAUGAGCCCUUAAAAGUUCAGGAAGCAGAAACAGUAGAUGUGCCGCCACCUCCUACAGAGAAAUUACUUGUGUUGGGUGGCAAUGGAUUUGUUGGCUCACAUGUUUGCCAAGAAGCUUUGAAUCGUGGUUUGUCUGUCUCUAGCCUUAGCAGGUCAGGGAGGUCAUCUGUACAUGAUUCUUGGGCUAACAGUGUAGUCUGGCAUCAAGGAAACCUUCUUUCAUCUGAUUCAUUAAAGGAUUCAUUGAAUGGAGUGACUGCUGUGAUUUCAUGUGUUGGAGGUUUUGGCUCAAAUUCAUACAUGUACAAAAUCAAUGGGACUGCAAACAUCAACGCAAUUAGAUCUGCUGCAGAACAAGGUGUGAAAAGAUUUGUAUAUAUUUCUGCUGCUGACUUUGGUUUGGUAAAUUAUCUACUUCAAGGAUACUACGAGGGGAAGAGAGCUGCUGAAACAGAGUUAUUGACGAGAUUCCCAUAUGGAGGUGUGAUCCUUAGGCCGGGUUUCAUACAUGGGACUCGCCAAGUUGGGAGCAUGAAGUUACCUCUAGGUGUUAUCGGGGCUCCAUUGGAGAUGAUUCUGCAACAUGCAAAACCACUCGACCGAGUGCCACUUGUUGGGCCACUUUUUAUACCUCCUGUUAAUGUUACUUCAGUGGCCAAAGUUGCUGUGAGAGCUGCGACAGAUCCUGUGUUCCCUCCUGGUAUCAUAGACGUUUAUGGUAUACAACGCUACAGUCAGCAAAAGUGAAUAUAAAUUUUUCAUGUCCUUUUUUUUUUCUUUUUUCUAUCCUUCAGUGUAGAAGAAAGAUUUAAACCCCAUCCCCCAUUUGGCAAAAUAAUGAUGGCAAGAGCCUAAACUCAGAGAAAGUAACACUGUAAGUUUUGGGCAUCUUAUAGAUUGAAUACCAACUUCUCAUUUCAUAUCUUAACAUAUUUGAAACAAUAAGAUCCGAAAACUGUUUAUGCUUUUAA